ACUAGAAGUAAAAUAUCGAUACUAUCGAUAGCGCCCUCUAUGGUUUGACACCUCUACACUGCCGCCAGAAGUUAAAAUACUUUGACGAAAUUCUGACACAGAAGCAUUAAAAGAAAGAGACUUACAACCUGGCUGCAUAGUUGUCGACUGGAAGUAAGAUGGAUGCAUUAACAAAUUCAGUAGAGAGUGAAGAGAGUGGCCCUCUGAACAUAAAUAAAUUAAUUGGCGGCAAUAUAACUGCGAAGGACAUAUCGGUGCUGCAAUCGGCAAGCCUUCACACGGUUGAUGCUGUGGCCAACUCGACGCGCAAGUAUCUGCUGGCCAUACCCGGGCUUGGUGGGUCCAAGGUGGACCAAAUUCUUUCCGCAGCCACAAAACUCGUGCCCAUUGGCUUCCUCAGCGCCCGCACCUUCCAACAGUUGCGCGCCGAUGUCGUUAUGUUGACGACUGGCUCCAAGGCGCUGGACAAACUGCUUGGCGGUGGCAUAGAGACGGGUUCAAUCACGGAGAUCUUUGGCGAGUUCCGCUGUGGCAAGACGCAGAUCUGCCACACCCUGGCAGUUACCUGCCAGCUGCCCAUCAGCCAGAAAGGAGGCGAAGGCAAAUGCCUCUACAUAGACACUGAGAACACUUUCCGCCCUGAACGCAUCUCGACCAUUGCCCAAAGGUACGGUCUGAACGUAACCGGGGUCUUGGACAACGUUGCCUGUUCCCGGGCCUACAACACCGAUCAGCAAACUACGCUGCUCCAAAUGGCUGCAGGCUUGUUGUUUGAUACCAGAUUCGCCUUGGUUAUUGUCGAUAGCGUCAUGGCCCUAUACCGCUCUGACUACACUGGACGUGGCGAACUGGCUCCCCGCCAGAGUCAUUUGGGAUUGUGCAUGCGCCAGCUUCAGCGCUUGGCCGACGAGUUUGGGGUGGCUGUGGUCAUUACCAACCAAGUGACCGCCGUGUUGGACAACGGUGCUAACAUGUACGGCGGUGAGGCCAAGAGGCCCGUGGGAGGGAACAUAAUAGCCCAUGCUUCCACCACUCGACUCUAUCUGCGUAAGGGCAAGGGGGAGACGCGCAUCUGCAAAAUUUACGAUUCUCCCUGUCUGCCCGAGUCUGAGGCGAUGUUUGCGAUUCUGCCAGACGGCAUAGGCGAUGCCAAGGAGGGCAAUUGAUUAUACUACAUAUCAGCUUAUUAAUUACCUAUACCUUUUUCCGAAAUAUAUAUAUAUAUAUGCAUAUAAUGUGAUUGCAAGAAGGUUGCAUCUUUCAUGGAAUAAUUAAUUAAUGUAUUUGUUUUCUUAUGCUAAUUUUUAGUUUAAGACAUAUACCACGCUUGUAAUAAGGUUGCAUCUUUAAUGGAAUAAUUGAUUAAUGCAUAUUUGUUUUAGUUUUGUUAAUUUUUAGUUCAAGAUUUCUC